UCGCAGAAUGUGUUUAUUUCGUGCGUUCCCGGAAGGGCGCCGCAGGAGGAGUGGGGACGAUGAGCCCGCUCUCAGCGCGCCCGGCGAGAGGAGGAAGCGGCUAGGAGUCAUGUCUUCCUACCCCGCCUGAGCUGCUUCACGGGCAGCUCCGCGUGAGAAAAAUGAGUGGUGGGUUAGCACCAAGUAAAAGCACAGUUUAUGUGUCCAACUUGCCCUUCUCUCUGACCAACAAUGACUUAUACAGGAUUUUUUCCAAGUAUGGGAAAGUUGUUAAAGUUACUAUUAUGAAGGACAAAGACACCAGGAAGAGUAAAGGAGUUGCAUUUAUUUUGUUUUUGGAUAAAGAAUCGGCACAAAACUGUUCUCGGGCGCUUAACAACAAACAAUUAUUUGGAAGAGUGAUAAAAGCAAGUAUUGCUAUUGACAAUGGAAGAGCAGCGGAAUUCAUCCGUAGACGUAACUACUUCGAUAAAUCUAAAUGUUAUGAAUGUGGGGAAACAGGACACUUAAGUUAUGCUUGUCCUAAAAAUAUGCUAGGAGAGCGUGAGCCUCCAAAAAAGAAAGAAAAGAAGAAAAGGAAGAAAAUAGUUGAACCGGAAGAAGAACUUGAGGAAGAGGAAGAAAGUGAAGAUGAGGGUGAAGAUCCUGCCCUGGAUAGCCUCAGCCAGGCCAUAGCUUUUCAGCAAGCCAAAAUUGAAGAAGAGCAGCAAAGAUGGAAACAGACUGCAGGGGAACCUUCAACGUCUGACGAUUCGAGAAGACCACGGAUUAAAAAAAGUGCAUAUUUCAGUGAUGAGGAAGAAUUUAGUGACUGAUUUAUAUAUACGUAUAUAUGAGAGAGAGAGUGUACAUUUGUACAGUAUUACAGAGCUGUCUGGAAUAUAGCUUUGUUUUAGAGCUAAAUAAAGUUGCUGCUAAAACUUAUGCUAUUAUAAAUUAAACAAAAAUACUAAUUUCUAAUAAUAUUUCUAAUACAAUGUCUGAUUUCAGAUAUCAUGUUUCUGAAUUUUUAAUUUGAGUUUAGCAUCCUGUGUUAGACCUGGAUCCUUCAGCAUGUAACACUGAGGCCUUAAUGUGAAAUUUCAGCCCUGGGUAGAGGCUUGUGCAUCACUUACGUUCUGUUUAAGGCCUAUUUGCAAGUGGAGCUUCAGUGAUGUAUAGGCCUUGCUUUGGUCCCUCCUCCUGGGGCUGAAUUUCACCCUUAGUGACCAUUAUUCUAAAGUGUAGGGUGUUAUAAUAGGAUAACUGCAAAAUAGAAUCUAAAUUGCCAACUGCUACGUUAUAACUUUAGUCAGUGUUUGUGAAACAAUUUAGCAAGUUGCUGUUAUUCAAGAGGAACAUUAAAAGGCUUUAUUCUGUUUUUGUUCUGGAUCUAUGUACAGUUUUAGUAAUUAAUUAUUGCUUGUCAUAAACCUAUCACUGAAAAUACAAACUUUCUGGGAAUCACAAAAGUUAAGUGAGAUAUGGUGUUUAUGAAUGUUUACUGAAAAUCUCCAUGAGCAUUUUUUUAAGAUUGCUGGAAAUUUUAUUGGUGUUGCAUUAGAGGAAUACAUGUAUUUUUAAUGAAUAUGCUUUCUUUUUUAAAUAAAUAUUUGAAGACUCUCA